AAUCAACUUGAAGUGAGAGAUUUCGUAAAUCCCUUGCGGCGGGUCCGGAUUGAGGAGGAGAACCAAGGAGAACUCAGCUCAGCAGCAAGCAGUGGUUCAGCGGGAAGGAUCCAAGCGCGGCUACAGCCAGAAGGACGACAAGUUUAAGACCAAAAAGAAGAGGAAGGCGAGGGGUCAGCGUAUGAAAGGAAAGUGCCGCAUGCCACGUGAAGGAAUUCCUCAAUUUGUGUUCUCGAGAGUUUUGUAUUUGUCAAAGGUUACGACGUUGACGCACGCUAGCUUUUGAAAUGAGCGAGCCACCACGAGGAAUACAGCCCGGAAGCGACGUAGACGAGUACCUGUUCGACCCACGUCUGCUGGAAAGGAUCGUAGACCUCAAAGAUGACAUAUGGGUUAGACCUUUGUCGAUUGAAGAUUACGAUAAAGGAUUCAUUCAAGUCUUGGGACAACUUACAAAAGUGGGAGACAUGAGUAAAGAGCAAUUUUCUGAAAGGUUCAGGAAGAUGAAAGCAUCUGGUGAUUACUACGUCAUCGUAGCAGAGGAUAAAAAUGUAGGAGAGGUCAUAGCUUCUGCGUCACUUCUUACGGAGCAAAAGUUCAUCCAUAAUUGUGCACUGAGGGGGCGACUAGAAGACGUGGUUGUGAAUGAUAAAUACAGGGGUAAAUCCUUGGGCCAGUUGAUGGUGAGGACAGUUACCCUGCUUGCUCAACGACUGCGGUGUUACAAGCUAUCCUUAGACUGUAAGGAUACGAUUGUAAAAUUCUAUGAAAGAUUGGGUUUCGUCAAAGAGCCAGCUAAUGGAAACCAUCUCAACGCUAGAUUCGACUACGAGAGCCCAACGAGCAACUUAUGAGAUUAGCCCCAUACUUAUAAUUCAUGAUGUACAUUUUCCUGCCUAGUUAUGAUAGAUAGACGCCUUGUGCGAAUUUAUUCUAAAUUACCGACGAUCAAUACGUCCAUUAAUUGGACAGAAACUAAAAAAGUUAAUUGUAUAUA